AUGUACAACGAUAGCCACACGUACAAGGCUGCCAACAUUUCAGAAAUAAACUGCCAACACGGUUGGGCCUACGACAACACGUGGUUCUCCAUGACUGUGCCAUCGCAGAUGAACUGGGUGUGCAAUAACAAGCACAUUGUCAAUGACAUAAUGUUUUAUUCACAAUAUGUCGCUGCUGUAAUGGGACUGCUCUUCGGCUACGUGGGAGACAUGUGUGGCCGCCGCUGGCAGCAGUUCCUGUGCUUGGCAGCCCACAUGAUCAGCAGGGUCGUGCUGAUUCUCGCACCAUCGAUUCCCAUGUUAUUUGCUGUGGGGGUGUCUCUGGUGGCAGCUGCAAGUGGACCAAUGUUCGAGUCAUCACUGUCUGUCGGACUCGAACUGACAACCAUCAAGCACCGUACGACUAUCAGCGCCAUGGCGUGCCUUUGUGCAGGAGCUGGAAUGAUGGCGGCUGGCCUGGUGGCGUGGAUCAUGCCCUAUUGGAAUUUUCUCUUCCUCUUUGCUGCAUUAUGUUGUCUUGCAUUGUUUUCAUUUUUCAGGUGGUUCCCCGAGUCGCCGCGCUGGCUGGCCUGCAGGGGGCGCCAGGAGGAGGCGCUCAGCCUGGUGCAGCGCAUCGCGGCCGCCAACGGCACUGCCGUGCCUCCGUUCACUCAGAGGGUGCUACGCAAUGUGGCCAGGAGCAAGCGCGACAGGAAGGGACUGCUCAGCAUUUUCUCCAGCUGGAACCUCUUCAAAAAUACAACAGUACUCGUCAUCGUCAGGUCUGUGCACGUGCUGACGAUGUUCUCGCUGGUGCUGAGCUUGGGCGGUGUCAGCGCCAACCCGUUCGCCUCGGUGGCCGCGCAGGGGGCGGCCCAGCUGCCCGGCUACCUGGCCGUCCGCCACUGUGCACACCGCUUCGGCCGCCGCUGGUCCGCUGCAGGAUCAGUGGAGCGCCGGCUGCCAUUCGCCAUCCUCUCCGCACUGAACCUUCUGGCAGCUUUUGCUGCAUCUUUCCUACCAGAAUCUGCAUUACAGAGAUUGCCUGAAUCUUUGGAGGAUGCCGCGUUCUUUGGCAAAGGCCGCCGCUGCACCCUGCUGGUUGGUCUGUUGAUGGCCGCCCCCAGACUGCUGCAGAUGACUGCUCGUGAUGUGUCGUACUCGCAUAUGUUGCCAUGCCGACCUAGUGCGUGGACAACUAAACUGCACCUGGAUAAAUCAGAACUGCUGCGGAUGGCAGAAACUGCCUUUCCUCAGCGCUCUGGCCCGAAAGGCUUCAUAUCUGCAGAUCCAUUUCUCUUUUAUUGA